AUAAAACUUGUGGUUUAGAGUUUAGUGACAUUUAGAUCUAGAUCUAGAUCUAGAUAUAUUAAUACCUAAAAUUCUUCAAAUGAAUGGCAUGCGUCUCUAGGUAGAAUCUCUAGAUCCAAUAUUACUAGACUCUAGUAAUAUCAGAUCUAGAUCCUAUAGCCUCUGUCUGUCUAGUAGUCUGACAACCAGUCCAAGUCCAACUCCUGGCCUUCAGCAGGCGUGACUCAGAUGUUCGGUCCGUGUACUGUAACUCAAUACUGUUAAAGAAACCAACUAAAUCUUCCUGCUGAGAGUAAAUAAACGUAAGAAGAAUGCACUGUAUGUACAGACAAAUCCAUCCGCCAACUGGCAUAGAACAUUGUGUAUAUGCUCACUUCUUCAGCUGGGAGGAAAAAAAUCUGAUCAUAGCUGGAGUUAACCAGCUGCAUGUCUACCGGCUUAAUUCAGAGCCUGAGCGUGUAAGACCUGAUGGACAAUUAGUAACAGAAGAAGUCACUACUGAAAAGAAAACCCGCCUUGAAUGUCUAGCAUCCUACAGUCUCCAUGGCAACAUUCAAUCUCUAGCUGCUGUCAAGCUGGUUGGUGCCAGUAGGGAUGUGCUGCUUCUUAGUUUCUUGGAUGCCAAAUUAUCAGUAGUAGAGUAUGACCCAAGUACACACGACCUCAAAACAUGCUCCCUUCAUCAGUUUGAGGAGCCAGAGCUAAAGGGUGGACACAGCAGCAACAUUCAUCUUCCUAUGAUCCGUGCCGACCCAGAUGGUCGAUGUGCUGGAAUGCUGAUUUAUGGAACACAUUUAGUUGUUCUUCCUUUCCGGAAGGAUGUCUUAUUAGAUGACUUAGAUGCACACACUGGACUGGCUGGAAAGUCACCCAUUAUGUCCUCUUACACGAUAGACCUGAAGAAAAUGGAUGGUAAAAUAUUUAACAUUUUGGAUUUUCAGUUUCUCCAUGGAUACUUUGAGCCUACGGUCUUCAUUUUGUAUGAACCUCUGGCUACAUGGGCAGGGAGAGUUGCUGUCAGGACGGACACAUGCUGUAUUGUGGCCAUCUCUCUAAACAUCCAACAGAAGGUGCACCCCAUCAUCUGGUCCCAGACGAGUUUACCUUACGACUGUUUUAGUGUAGCUGCUGUACCUAAGCCUAUUGGUGGUGUUCUUAUAUUCGCUGUCAACUCAUUACUAUACCUUAACCAAAGUGUUCCACCAUUUGGAGUGUCACUCAACAGCAUAGCUGAAGCCUCAUCACAAUUUCCAUUAAAAGUUCAAGAGAAUGUUCAGUUCACUCUUGACUGUGCUCGUUAUGAAUUCAUCUCCUCCGAUCGGUUGGUUGUUUCUUUAAAGGGUGGAGAAUUAUAUGUGCUGACCUUGGUGGUUGAUGGAAUGAGAUGUGUUAGAGAGUUUUAUUUUGACAGAGCUGCCUCAAGUGUCCUCACAACUUGUAUGUGUCUGUGUUCAGAAGGCUACCUGUUCCUGGGUUCCAGACUAGGCAACUCUCUGUUACUGAAGUAUGUGGAGAAAUCUUCUGGCACCAUUAUAGAGAGUGAUGAGAAACCAGCCGGAGUACCAAGUAAAAAGAGACGAUUGGAAGGCCAUGAGCAACUCGCCUCAGAUGUGUCUGAAAUAGAAAAUGUGGAUGAGCUAGAGGUUUAUGGAGUUAUUGACAAUCAGCCUGGAACACUCAUAUCAUCUUAUUCUUUUGAGGUGUGUGAUAAUAUUUGGAACAUAGCUCCUUGUGGGCAUGUUGCAAUGGGGGAGCCAGCAUUCCUGUCUGAAGAGUACAGCUCUCACCUUGAUCCUGAUUUAGAACUAGUGACCACUUCUGGACAUGGUAAAAAUGGGGCUCUUUCUGUCCUACAGCAUAGCAUUCGACCACAAGUCGUCACCACCUUCUCAUUGUCUGGCUGCAUUGACAUGUGGACUGUUUACUCUGGCACUGAUCCAGAUGAAGAAAACCCAGAAGGCAAGUCUUCCAAUCCUGAAAAGAUGUUGCUAGAAGGCCAUUCCUUUCUUGUGUUGAGUAAAAGAGACUCCAGUAUGGUUCUCCAAACUGGCAAAGAAAUCAAUGAACUUGACCACAGUGGCUUCAGUACGCAGACCUCCACUGUGUAUGUGGAUAACAUUGGGGACAAACAGUACAUUCUUCAGGUGACACCAGCCUCCAUGAGAUUGCUGGAAGGGAUUAAACAAAUACAGCAUAUUCCAGUGGACCUUGGCUCUUCCAUCCAGAGUUGUUCUGUGUGUGACCCCUAUGUUGUGUUGAUGGGGGCAGAGGGACAAAUGAUGAUAUUUGUCCUCAAAGAUGACACCCUGAUUGGUGGAGCCAGACUGACUGCCAGCAAAACUUCCAUUCCUCAGAAACCUCGGAUAGUUGCAGUGACAACCUACAAAGACUUCAGUGGUAUGUUUACAUCUGAGACACCAAAGUCUGCUAAUACUGUAACCAAAAUUGAGCAAAUCAAACCAGCAGAAAAAGCUCCACUUUUUACUCCUGGUGAUAUUGAUGAUGAAGAUGAGUUGCUGUAUGGGGACACAUCCAUCUUGAACACUUCUGACAAGAAAGCGAACGAGGAGGAAGCUCAGGAAAAAAAUUGUAUGCCCAAGUCAAAAGAAAUCAAAGUAACUUCAUGGCUUUUGAUAAGUCGAGAAAAUGGACAACUUGAGUUUUAUAGCAUCCCAGAGUUCAAACUGGUAUACACAAUCAAAAGUUUUCCAUUAGGACAAAGAACAUUGGUAGAUAGUGGGCCUCAGUUUGAUACCAGCAAGCCAGGAACUUUGCCUGAAAAACAACCAAGUACUGCUGGAGAGAUGCCUCUUGUGAAGGAGAUUCAGAUGUUUGGACUAGGGCACAAUAAGUCUAGACCUUAUUUGAUGGCUCGUGUGGAUGAAGACUUACUAAUUUAUGAAGUGUUUCCACGCAUGCCGACUGCUGGGGACAAUCUACCCACUGGUGACUGCUUGCGCAUCCGUUUUAAAAAAGUGGCUCACAGUCUCAUUCUUCGAGAGAAACAUUUGCAGGCCAAGAAAAAAGAAGAUGAAGAGGAACCUCCUGAUGAAAAUAUUCCACCAGACCAUAUCCAGCAGCUUAGGUACUUUGAAGAUAUCUCAGGCUACUCUGGAGUAUUCAUCUGUGGGCCAUAUCCUCAUUGGCUGUUCAUGACAAGUAAAGGAUCCCUGAGAAUUCAUCCAAUGGGAAUAGAUGGCUGGAUCACAUGUUUUGCCCCAUUCAACAAUGUCAACUGCCCAAAAGGUUUCCUCUACUUCAAUAGAAAGUCGGACUUGUGUAUCUGUGUUCUGCCCACACAUGUGACCUAUGACGCCCCAUGGCCCAUUCGUAAAGUACCACUGCGGUGCACUCCUCACCUUAUAACAUACCACAAUGAGAGCAAGCUGUAUGCUGUAGUGACAAGUAUAGAAGAAAGCACCAACAAGUUUCCUAGAGUUAUGUCAGAUGACAGAGAGUGGGACUACGUUGAAAGACCUGAUAGAUUUAUUUAUCCUCUAAUGAGUAAAUACACUGUGCAGUUGUUCACACCAAGCACAUGGGAGGUCAUUCCAGACACGAGAUAUGACUGUGAAGACUGGGAGCAUGUCACUUGCCUAGAAAAUGCCCAGCUGAAAUCUGAAGGAACCAUAUCUGGCUUAAAAGGCUUUGUCACCAUGGGAACUGCAUACUGCAUGGGAGAGGAUGUGGUUGCUCGUGGCCGUAUUAUCAUAUUAGAUGUUAUUGAGGUUGUACCAGAACCAGGAUUGCCUCUGACAAAAAACAAAAUUAAGGUUGUUUAUGAUAAAGAACAAAAGGGUCCAGUAUCAGCCAUUUCUUAUCUAAAUGGUCUGUUAGUCACAGCUAUAGGACAAAAGAUUUAUAUCUGGUCUUUAAAAGAUGAUGACUUGUCAGGAGUGGCAUUUAUUGACUCUCUGAUCUAUAUUCACUCCUUGCGAAUCAUUAAAAGUAUCAUCAUCGCCGCAGAUGUUCUGAAGAGUAUUGCACUCUACAGAUUUCAGGAAGAUCUCCGUGUUUUAUCCUUUGUCAGCCGGGACAUCAAAGCCCUUGAGUCUUAUGCUGCUGAAUUUAUGGUGGAUGGGGAAGCUUUGAAUUUUGUAGUGUCAGACAGAAAUAAAAAUGUCGUCAUACUGGGUUAUUUACCAGAAAUGCGAGAGAGUUAUGCUGGAUCCAGGCUGAUCAGACGGGCUGAUUUUAACGUAGGAAGCCAUAUCAACACAAUGUUUAGGGUCAGGUGUAAACUGGAGGACCCAUCCACCAAGACAAAGAAUGCAGCUGCCGUGGAAAAUAAACACGUGACAUAUUUUGCCACUCUUGAUGGUAGUAUUGGCUACUUAUUGCCCAUACCCGAGAAAGUUUUCAGACGUCAGCAAAUGUUGCAGAGCUCAAUGAUAUCUCAAUUACCCAGUCCUGCUGGAUUAAACCCAAAAGCUUACAGUGCUUUUAAGAGCAGUAGGACUGAUAGCAGCAACCCAUUACGCAACAUCCUAGAUGGGGAGCUGUGUUGGAAGUAUUUAUACUUGUCUACCAUGGAAAAAACUGAAGUGGCUAAGAAGAUUGGUACAACAGUUGACCAAAUCAUUGAAGAUCUAAUGGAGUUUGAUCGUCUGACUGCUCACUUCUAACUUUCUUCAGUGCAUCUAGGUGGAGGUAUGAGUCUCUCCUCUUAAUGUUAAGAUUGGAGACACAAAUAGAUUUGAUCUUGAAGUUAUUUUGAGAUUCGGCUUGAUUUGUACUGAAUGUUUAGUGUAUUUACCAAUUUAGUGUUCAAAAAAGAGAAUAUACAUGUAUCAUUAACUAUUGGUGCAUCAGAACUUGUGUUUAGGACACUUUGAUAUACACAUUUAGAGUAUUUUCACAAACAAAAUUCAUCCAUUUGUCUUUUUUUCCCAGUGUGCUUAAAUUUAUUUAAAAGAGACUUAAACAAACUGUUAAAUUUGUUACCCUGGGCUGAAAAAAAAAAUAAAAGGUCUUUUGAGCCAAAAAUAAAAAAUGCUUAAACUAUUUUUUGAAUUUCUUAAAUGAAUGAAAAAUUUAUUUUUUUUCUUCACAAGUUUGCUAAUAUAAAAUUUGCUUUGUAAGGAUGGUUGUAUCUUCAUUGUAUGUUAAAUGACAUUUUGACUGAACAGUUAAGCUUGUAUAGUGUUGUCUGUAAGAUUAUACAUAUAUAUACAUAUAUAUAUACAUAUAUAUACAAUGCCAGGACCCUCAUAUUGAGAUAAAUGUUGUUGACUGAUAACAAAUUGUAGAUUAACCAAUUUAUGUUAGAUUGAGAACUAAAACAAUUUUGUUUCAUGUGUUCAAUCUUAUGUAACUGAAAAACACUCUUUUGAAUCCAAACUUCAGUUUAGUUCUAGACAUUGACUACAGUUAAAAGUUGUAGAUGGUUGCUAAAAGUGUUCAAUGUCAUAAAAGGAUGUUAUAAAUCCUGUGUUAUUUUCUAUUUUUAAUGCCCAGAGUGAACUAUGCUGAUCAAGCCAAACAUUGAGAUAGGAAUCCAUGUUUUUGUAGUCUUUAAGGUUACACUUGUUGAAAAGUUGCUUCCCAGAUAAUUUAACAGUUCAAUUUGUUUUUCUCCUUUGUCUUCUAGUGUUGCUAUAUUAUAAAGUUUUCAUUAUUUAAGUUAUGACAUGCUUGGAUUUGUUUGAUCGACACUUUUGUUUUUUUUAUAUUAGGAAGUAAAAAUGAAUGGGGGAAGAAAUUAAUAGAAGGGAAAUAAUUCAAAAAAUUUCUCCUCAUUCACAGCAAUCUCCCUUUAAUUGUUCUGUUUGUGGUUGAAUUUGAUCUAAGUUCAUAUCUUUAUUGCCUUUGUGUGAAAAUUAAGGAUAAUGAAGCGUGAAAGUAUUCUUGUUUUGUUCUUGAUAUUAUCCCUUGAUGGUGGUAGCUCAUUUCUAUUGAAUUAUACAUAGCUACCAAAUUUAUCACUGGAUGUUACAGACAGGCAUUUUGAAUUAUUUGUGUUUAAAUGAGAGUGGUUUGACAUUGCAGAUGGUUGAGUUAAAUGUAGGGUACACUGACUUAAGAAUCUUCUUUUGGUUGAGUUGAAUCUACUAACAGUUGCGUGAUGGGUAGACAGUCAUUGAAAACAUUUCAACUAUGUUCCAAGAAAAUGUUGUUUUUUUACUUGUUUUAUUCAAUACAAAAUGUUAAUGAAAA